AUGGCUGGAUCUGGAAGGGAGGUGAGAGUGCCAAUCUUCAAUGGCGAUAAUUAUGAGUUUUGGAGCAUAAAGAUGAGAACCAUCUUCAAGUCUCAUGGAUUAUGGGAUCUAGUUGAAAAGGGAUUAGAGUGGUCAGAUUCGAGAGGAGCUGAUGAAUCUGUUGCAAAGAAGAAGGAAAAGGAAGAAUCGAAGGGAGCUGGUGAAUCUGGUGAGCAGAAGAUGAAAAGGGAUGUUUCGAGUGGUUCUGAAACAGAGAAGCUAAUGAAAGAUGCAAAGGCAUUGGGGCUGAUUCAAGGGGCAGUAAGAAAUGUCAAAUUACAAAGUCUGCGUAGGGAGUUUGAGUAUACUAGAAUAAGAGAUGAUGAAUCUUUGUCUGCCUACAUUACCAAAUUGUUUGAUGUGAUUAACCAAAUACGUGUUUAUGACUCUAUCUGCUCAGUUAUUGAACACUCGAGAGACCUGAAUGAAAUUGAGGUGCAGGAGGUAGUAGCCUCACUAAAGAGUUUUGAAUUGAGGUUAGAAAGACAUUCUGAAAACAGAAUAGAGAAGGCAUUUGCUAGCCUUAGUGUAGAUGCUAAACCGGUUAAAACUGGAGAUCAGAACAAUAAGCAGCAUAAGAAUUGGAAGUCAAAAGGCAAGAAGUGGGAUAACAAGACAAGUGAAGGCACUAAAACUCCCUGCAAGCACUGUGAUUGCUAUAGCAAGAAAACAGCACAGCAUGUUAACUAUGCUACCCAAGUGGAAGCUGCACCAACUAUGUUCUAUGCUAGCAAUGCAAUUGGUGCUGGUAUAACAAGGGAUGAAGAAGUUUGGUAUUUGGACAGUGGGUGUAUUAAUCACAUGACAGGAAAAGAGGAUCUGUUGGGGGAUAUUGACAGAAAUGUGACUGCAAAGGUUGAAAUGGGAACUGGACAGCGUUUAGAAGUAACUGGCAAAGGCACUCUUGUGGUUGAAACCAAAGUAGGCAAGAGAUAUAUCAAAGAAAUAAUGGUGGUACCUGGACUGAAAGAGAACUUACUCAGUGUGGGUCAGAUGAUAGAGCACGGCUACUAUUUGGUAUUUGGAGAUCACAAGGUGAAAAUCUACAAUAACAGCUCUCAUUCAAAUCUGGUUGCAAAGGCUGAAAUGCACUUAGCUUAUAGAGCAAGUGUAGAUCAUUCUACUGAACUUUGGCAUAGAAGGUUUAGACAUCUCAAUAUGAGCAGUCUGAAACUGUUGAAAGAACAAGAUAUGGUAGUAGGACUACCAGAAAUUAAAGGGAUUAAAGAGUUCUCCUCCCUCUGUGCGAUUUCCUCCUCCCCUGUUACUGUUCACCGAACAGAAAUCACCACACCGCCACCACUUCCGACCACCCCGUCCGACAAGAAUGGUCCCAUUCGAACAGCCACCUCCUCCUUGUCUAUUCCCGACCCAUCUCCACCCCGGGAACUGCCGCAACCCACCGGAAAGUGCAGAGAAACAGGCCGGUUCUUGGACAGAUUUUCCCAUCUUCGUUAUCUUUCGAUUCUUCACCAAUUCAGUCGAGUAAGGUAUGGAUUCUCAGCUAUUUUAUCUGCUUUAGCUGUUUAUGGGGUUGGAUUGGAACGAUUUUGA